AUGAUGUCCUAUGGAGAGAGGCUGGGGGGCCCGGCUGUCUCCCCACUCCCAGUCCGAGGGGGACACAUGAUGCGUGGGACAGCCUUUGCCUAUGUGCCCAGCCCUCAGGUCCUGCACAGGAUUCCAGGGACCUCCGCUUAUGCCUUCCCCAGCCUGGGCCCUGUGGCCCUUACUGAGCACAGCUGCCCCUAUGGGGAGGUUCUGGAGUGCCAUGACCCGCUGCCUGCCAAGUUGGCCCUGGAGGAAGAGCAGAAACCAGAGCUUGGGCUGGCCCAGAAGCUGCGCCGGGCUGGCAUGACACUCCUCAAGGUACCACUGAUGCUCGCCUUUCUCUACCUCUUCGUCUGCUCCCUGGACGUGCUCAGCUCUGCCUUCCAGCUGGCUGGAGGGAAGGUGGCUGGCGACAUCUUCAAGGACAAUGCCAUCCUGUCCAACCCAGUGGCAGGGCUGGUGGUUGGGAUCCUGGUGACUGUGCUGGUGCAGAGCUCCAGCACCUCCACGUCCAUCAUUGUCAGCAUGGUCUCCUCCGGCUUGCUGGAGGUGAGCUCUGCUAUCCCCAUCAUCAUGGGCUCCAACAUUGGCACCUCUGUCACCAACACCAUUGUGGCCUUGAUGCAGGCGGGGGACAGGACUGACUUCCGGCGGGCCUUCGCGGGGGCCACGGUGCACGACUGCUUUAACUGGCUGUCAGUUCUGGUCCUGCUGCCCCUGGAGGCUGCCACUGGGUACCUGCACCAUGUCACUGGACUGGUGGUUGCCUCCUUCAACAUCCGUGGCGGCCGUGAUGCCCCUGAUCUGCUCAAGAUCAUCACAGAGCCCUUCACCAAGCUCAUCAUCCAGGUGGGGGCAAGGUUGGCACGGGGUGGGGGCCGGGGGAUAGUAAAGACCCCUCUCUCAUUCUCCCCACCCACAUCUUGCCCACAGCUGGACAAGUCUGUGAUUACCAGCAUUGCCACCGGUGACGAGUCCCUGAGAAACCAUAGUCUCAUCCGGAUCUGGUGCCGCCCAGACCCCAUGGAGGCUCCCACUCCCAUGCCCAGGGCAGAGGCCAAUACCAGCUGGACCCUUGGAAAUGCCACCAUGGAGAAAUGCAACCACAUCUUCGUGGACACGGGGCUCCCUGACUUGGCUGUGGGGCUCAUUCUGCUGGCUGGCUCCCUAGUGCUCCUAUGCACCUGCCUCAUCCUCCUCGUCAAGAUGCUCAACUCUCUGCUUAAGGGCCAAGUGGCCAAGGUCAUUCAGAAGGUUAUAAACACUGACUUCCCCGCCCCCUUCACCUGGGCCACAGGCUACUUUGCCAUGGUGGUGGGAGCUGGCAUGACCUUCGUUGUCCAGAGCAGUUCUGUGUUCACCUCAGCCAUCACUCCACUCAUUGGCUUGGGUGUGAUCAGCAUCGAGCGGGCCUACCCUCUCACACUGGGCUCCAACAUUGGCACGACCACCACAGCCAUCCUGGCUGCACUGGCCAGCCCCAGGGAGAAGCUGUCCAGCGCCUUCCAGAUUGCCCUCUGCCACUUCUUCUUCAACAUCUCAGGCAUCCUGCUGUGGUACCCAGUGCCCUGCACGCGCCUGCCAAUCCGCAUGGCCAAGGCGCUGGGCAAACGCACUGCCAAGUACCGCUGGUUUGCUGUCCUCUACCUCCUCCUGUGCUUCUUGCUACUGCCCUCGCUGGUGUUUGGCAUCUCCAUGGCAGGCUGGCAGGCCAUGGUGGGGGUGGGUGCACCAUUUGGGGCCUUGCUGGCUUUUGUGGUGCUCGUCAAUGUCCUGCAGAAUCGCAGCCCCAGACGCCUGCCCAAGUGGCUGCAGACAUGGGACUUCCUGCCCCACUGGAUGCACUCCCUGCAGCCCCUGGACCAUCUUAUCACCCGUGCUACUUUGUGCUGUGCCACUCCUGAGCCCCGCUCACCCCCGCUGCCCGCCAGGGUCUUCCUGGAGGAGCUGCCCCCUGCCACACCCUCCCCCCGUCUGGCACUGCCUGCUCAACACAAUGCCACCCGCCUCUAGCCCAGACUGCCACCCAGGGCAGGGAAGGGCCUGUGCCUGGGGCCCACUGUAGAAGGGCAGAGGGGUGUGUCUGUGUACUCUGGGCACGGGCCUAUCCUUGUACAGGUCCUCAGAGGUCUGGGCUUGUGUGACUGAGAGUCAGUGUGUGUGCAUGUGUGGGCAUGUUUGGUAAUACUGUAUGUCAGCCUGCAUGUGUGAACUGAUGCACCCGUGUGCAGGCUACAGGGUACCUGGGUAUGAUUUUGAGUCCUCUGCACACCAGGAGGCUUUGUCUGGAGACCUGUGCUUGGUUCUCCGGGACACACAAGUCCGACUCAGUGGAGCAGGAGUAAGGUGGGUCUGAGGACAGGACCUGCAGCUGUUUGGUUGUGCAUAGAUGUGGGUGCCUGAGUCACUGGCUGAGUUCUCACCCUCCCUGUCACCUUCCUUUCUCUACUUGCCACUCUCCCCCUCACCCAGUUGUUCUGUGGCACCACUACAACCCCCUUUCCCAAUACUGCGUGAUGAAAAAGGAAUUAAAUUCUCAUGCAUUUACAA